AUGUUCUUCUUCCUGCUCAACCUGGCCCUCACUGACCUGGGCUGCAUCUGCACCACUGUGCCCAAAGCCAUGCACAAUUCCCUCUGGGACACCAGGAACAUCUCCUACUCAGGAUGUGCUGCACAGCUGUUUAUGCUUUUCUUCUUCCUUGGAUCAGAGCUUUCCCUCCUGACCAUCAUGUGCUACGACCGCUACGUGUCCAUCUGCAAACCCCUGCACUACGGGACCCUCCUGGGCAGCAGAGCUUGUGCCCACAUGGCAGCAGCUGCCUGGGCCAGUGCCUUUCUCAAUGCUCUGCUGCACACAGCCAACACAUUUUCCCUGCCCCUGUGCCAUGGCAAUGUCCUGGGCCAGUUCUUCUGUGAAAUCCCACAGAUCCUUAAGCUUUCCUGCUCACACUCCUACUUCAGGGAACUUGGGCUUCUUGCUGUUAGUGGCUGUUUAGGAUUUGGAUGUUUUGUGUUCAUUGUUUUCUCCUAUGUGCAGAUCUUCAGGGCUGUGCUGAGGAUCCCCUCUGAGCAGGGACGGCACAAAGCCUUUUCCACCUGCCUCCCUCACCUGGCUGUGGUCUCCCUGUUUCUCAGCACUGGCUUUUUAGCCUACCUGAAGCCCCCCUCCAUCUCCUCCCCAUCCCUGGAUCUGGCCCUGUCAGUUCUGUACUCAGUGAUGCCUCCAGCCCUGAACCCCCUCAUCUACAGCCUGAGGAACCAGGAGCUCAAGCAUGGCUUGGGGAAAAUUAUUAUAAAUAUUUUUCAGAAGGAAUAA